GGCUUCAGCAGGACGAGCUGCUGCUUUAACAUUUCUAUUCAUAGAAACCUGAGUAAAAACUCAACAUGGCAGAGAGGAGAGCAGCAGUGAAGACAGCAGUGGAGCCGGACUUCCUGCAGUUUAAUGAUCUGGCCUGUGAGACGGUCGGUGGGAAGGUUAUUUUCGCUUCAGACGAAUGGUUUGCUCCCGCUGCCAACCUGCUGAAGAGAGAGCCGCCACAGUUCAUCGCCUCGGCCUUCACCGAGUUCGGAAAGUGGAUGGACGGAUGGGAGACGAGGAGAAAGAGAAUACCUGGUCAGGACUGGUGCAUCGUCCAGCUGGGAGUACCUGGGCUGAUCUUCGGCUUCGACGUCGACACGUCCUUCUUCACUGGAAACCACUCGCCCUACGUCUCCAUCCAGUCCGGCUGUCUGGACAAACCACCGACCUUCGCUCUGGAAGGAGACCGAACCGGCAUGGCCGCCUCCGACAGCCAGCUGGCUGCUGUCGCCAAGCUGGGCUCGGAGGCGUGGCCGGAGCUGGUGUGUGUGUCGGAGCUGAAGCCCGGAUACUCAGACUGCUGCCACAACUACUUCAGGGUCACCUUCAACCACAGAGUCACACACCUGCGCCUCAACAUGUACCCAGAUGGAGGGAUAGCCAGACUGCGAGUUUACGGCGUCGGGCAGAGAGACUGGUCAUCUGUCUCUCCCCACCAGGACGUCGACCUGGUGGCUCUGACCAAUGGGGGAGUCUGCCUCGGCUACAGCGACGCCCACUUUGGGCAUCCACGCAACAUGAUCGGUCUGGGCCAAGCUGUCAACAUGGCCGACGGCUGGGAAACGGCCCGCAGACUGGACCGACCCAAACACCUGAAGGCGGACCAGCAUGGGAUCCUGCAGGUACCCGGCUGGGAGUGGGCGGUGUUUCGUCUCGGUCAUCCUGGAGUGAUCAGCAGCAUCGAGGUGGACACCAACCACUUCAAAGGUAACUUCCCGGACUCUUGCAGGAUCGAGGCUUGUUCUUUAACCCCUGAGGAGGAAGCUCAGUGCAUCAGGACCAGGUGGAAUUCUGGGAAAUGGCAGGUCCUUCUUCCCACUAGGAAACUUCGUCCUCAUCACAGACAUCUGUACAGCAAGGCCGAGCUGACCCUGAGCCAACCUAUCAGUCACAUCCGUCUUAUCAUCAGCCCCGACGGAGGAGUCAGCCGGCUCCGGCUCUGGGGGCGACCCACGCCGAUCGCUGCAGCUCCGGCCAAUCAGCAGAGGCCGGCGUCCAAACUCUGAACCUCCCAUCACUCGUCCUCCAUCACACAAACGCUGAAAAGAUUUAAUUUUCUGUUUUAGUUUCUGAUCUAUGUUUGAUGAUGUUCACAAAUCGGAGCAGAAAUGCAACGUAAACAUCUGUGACAGUCUGAUGGUCAUUAAUGCUUAAAUAGUAAAAUAAACACAGCACAUCCCACAACGCUGCGAGACAAAGAUUAUGACUUGAUGGCAUCAUUAUUAUUUUACCAAUUCAUCGUUUGGUUUAUUAGAUUUAACAUUUCUAAGAACUGUGAAAAAUGUCCAUCCAAGAGUCCAAUGUGGCAUCUUUUAAUGUCCCACAAAUUUCAAUUUACUGAGACAUAACAUAAAGAAAAAGAGGAAAUCUGAGACAUUGGAGAAAAUGGAAACAGAAUACAUUUGAAGGGUUUGCCCCAAAAAUGACAUUUCUGAUGCCAACGGGUGUUGACCCAUACGUCCAUAUGUGAUGACUUGGAAGUGAGAACGGGUUGGUUGGAACAAAAAAAUGAUGAAGUGUUGGA